AAUGCGCUUUUACGAUUUUAACCGAGUAAUCCCGAGCAAAGACGAAGAUUCAUAGAUGGCGGGAAAAUGACGUAUUCAGGUAAAGUAACAUUGAAGGAAGAACCACGAAUUCGCUCUCGACCAAAAUUCAGACAACUUUCACGUGAAGUUAGUGGAGAAGUUUUUGACAUCCCAGAAGAACACAAAGUCAUUUUUGCAUACGAAACUUUACACGGAAGAACAACUCUUAUUGGUAGUAUAUGCUUCAAAAUAGCUGACACUAGUUUAGAGGAACCUGAUGCAACGUUUGACUCCGAUUUUUACCACGUUGUAGCUUUUUUGUUUGUGAAAGGAGACUUCCAAGGCCAGGGCGUUGGCAGACGACUCUUGGACAAAGCGAUGACGUCCAUGUUGGACGUCAUCAAACGACCUGUCCGCGUACAAAGCGCAGAAAGAGCUGUUGCAUUUUUUGAGAAAAUGGGAUUUGUUCAGGUUCAGCCUCCCACAGAAAGCAUAUCUGGGCCCCGCUUGUUUAGAUUUCUUUACAACAUGGAGAAAAACUUGAAAUGAAGGCGAUGUUUUUACAGAUGGAGUGAGAAGUACUACUUUCCAUCCCAGAAGUAUACCUGUGUUACCUUACCGACCUCUAGUUAGCGUCCGUUGUUGAUGAUCUGAACAUGAUCCAGUCGAAAUUGUUCUCAUUUAAAUGCGAAGAAAUUGAGAACGCAGAAAUUUCCAGACAAGAUGCACAUAACAGCAUUCCGCACAGAGACAGAGCCAUCGGGUUAGUUUUUGCAGUAGACACACAAAAGACUAUCACAUGAAUUCAUUGGAUAAUCUUGUUAUGUGCAGCUGAUUUUAGCACUGGAAAUUGUUUUAUGCAUGUAAUAUGUAUUAUAAUUCAAUAAUUAAUCA